UUUCUAUUCAGCUACUGGCAUUUGCCCUUACAUUGAGUAGGCCAGAGCUAUGAGAAUUUGUAAUAAUCGAUUUUCUCCAGCGUUUGGGGGAAAUUGUUUAAAGUGAAGCCUAUGCUAACCCACAUAAAGUUUAGCGACCCUUGGCAUAAAAACGCGACGCGCUAGGGUUAAAUGAGAGCGCAAGUGAAAGAGUGCAAAAGAGAAACAGAGAGAGCGAGAGAGAGAGAGAGAGAGAGAGAGAGAGAGAGAGAGAGGGGGACAGAGACUGAGGCAGCAUCAAUUGCAGCAGCCGUUGUAAAAGAGCUGAGAAAAAGUGGGCGUGUUUCAACUAUUGAUUAAACACACAGCCAGGUGUAGCGUGGCGGGGUGGUUGGGCUGGCAACACACGUUUGAUUACCGCGUGUAAACAGCAACAACAACCACAACAACAACAUCAGCCACAACAAUAGCAACAAUAACAAUACAAGUUGCAAGGACUCGCCCUGCAUUGUGCAACAUUUGUGUGGCGCCAGCGUUUGAGGCAGCCAGCAGGUCACAUGUCGGCAAAGCGCGUGGAACACGAUAUGGAGGAGGAGGCAAGUGCCACGCCUACGUGCCAGAAGCAUAGAGCGCCCGUCAAGCCGCUGCGUGCCAAAAAGAAGCCAACGACCACGCCCACCAGCCUGUUGUGCGAACUGAUGCGUCUGAAGGCGCAGCAAAAGUAUCUCGAAUGCAAUCAAGUCAAGCUGAAUGCCAACAAUUUUCUCGAUGACAACGACCCUGAGACGAAUGAGGCGAACGACGACGACGACCACGACUACCAGGAGGCGGGUGUCGCCGCCAAGGGUAAUGGCGGCAAGGAUAAAAAGUCUGGCAGUCGCCGGCCUUCGAGCGGCAAUAAAGUCGCUGGCCUCAUCAAUGACAUUGAUCGACUCAAGCUGGAUAUGGAUGAGAAGCUGCGCAAGCAUCAUGCCGAGAAACGUGGCCAACUGCAGGAGAUGUGGCAUUACAUGAACACACUGAAGGAGGAUGUCUUCCAGCCGGAGCGGCUCAGUCUGUAUACGGUGAAUGUGGUGCGAGAGCGCAUCGUGGCGCUCAAUGGCCAGCUGGAGCGAUUGAGUGCCCAAAAUGCCAAAGAACUGGAGAUGCUGCGGGAGGAGUACGCGAAAAUGGAGCGGGAGAACGAUUUCGUGUGGAAGGGCAGCAUUUGAGAAAUUAUGAGAAUAACUUUUAUAUAUUCAUACACAAUACAAAUAAAAAUAAGUUCGACUUGAUUUUAAAUCAA